AUUCGUCGUCUUCCAACUAUAUCAGGCAACUUGAAACAAAAGUGAAACUGCUGGAGGAUGACAACAAGCUUCUUUCCCAGCAGUCCAGCACGGGGGACCUGAGGACUCUGCGGAAAGGGUUAUCCCCGUACCACUCUGAGUCACAGCUCUCCUCACUGCCGCAGUAUCAAGACGCCCUGCAAAACGGACCAGCGCGCAUGACAUCUGAUCUUGCAUCUUCUCCUGCAGCAGGAUAUGUCCCCGUUGGCCAGAAACCAGAGGCUGUAGUGCAUGCUAUGAAGGUCCUUGAGGUCCAUGAAAAUUUGGACAGGCAGAUGCAAGACAACUAUGAAGAAGACCUGAGUGAAAAGGAGAAGGCGAUUGUUCGUGAAAUGUGCAAUGUUGUCUGGCGAAAGCUGGGUGAUGCCGCGAGCUCCAAACCCUCCAUCCGGCAACAUCUGUCAGGAAACCAGUUCAAGGGUCCCUUGUAG